AUGACAACGAUCACAGAAUCGGCGACCAGGCAACUGUUCUGGUAUUUUGUGAAGACACGCAACAGCACAACUCCAAGGAGUGCAGCAGAAGCCUUUCGGCGAUUCUAUCGCAGCCUGAGCCCACAACUCAACAACUUUCUUCCGAUGUUUUUCACUAUCGCACUGAAGCGCAUUCGCCCUCGCAGCGCAAGCGACAAAGAACGGCUUCUGAUGAUGAUGCAAGAAUGCAACACAGGCACAGCCGUCGAACCCAAUCCCAAAGAUCCAGUGCAUGGAUACAUCUCCUGGCUCACUGAAAAAGCUGCUCAAGUCCAAAAAAACAUCGAUAGCAUCCACAGCCUGGACGAUCAUUUGGAGACCCUAAAAGUAUUUGAGGCGACCUUUUUAACCCAGGAGGAGCACGAACAGAAACUUGAGACUCUUCAAGCUGAGAUGCACGCAAUCCAGCAAGACGAACAAGACAACAUCGCCAUCCGAAACUCCAUCCAGCCCAUCAUCCAGCGACGAGGCUCCAGUUGCGCUGAGGAGUGGCGCGCAGCCCUUGAGCGAUGCAACAAGUCUCUCUAA